AUGUCAUUUGCAAAGAAGGAAAGAAAAGAAACAACUUUGACACAAGGGGACACAUCUCUGAGGCGUAUAACCAGUUUGGCUACAUUUAUAUCAAUUCAAAAUAAUUGCAGUUCAAUUUUCAGUGACUUCAUCGACAAAUCAAAUAUGAUAUUUUCAUGUAAAAUAUUGUGCUUGAGUCUUUUUCGGAGACGAAGAUUAAGGAAAUGGUGUGCCUUUCAUCACAUACUUUAUCGUCAGAAAACAAGAUAUAUCUCACUCAUAUUAUUCAUUUGUUUAAUGUGUUUAUAUUUCCUAAAUAUUAAACCUUCACCUCCAGAAAACGAAAAUAUCCUCACAUAUGAUGAUACCCCCAUGGAUCCGUUUGACUGUGCAGCGCUUAUAAGACAGGAUGAAUUUGCUUCGUCGAAUGCAGAAACAUACUCUAUUUUACAUCCACACGUUUUUUUACCAAUUGGAGAAUAUACUAAAAAAUUGUGCAAAGAUUGUGAUGAAUUUCGGAAACGUGGCAGGUAUGUCUCUAUGGAGAAUGUUACAAACGAAGAAAAGGACUUUCCUCUCGCUUAUUCCAUCGUACUUUACAAAGAACCCGAUCAAGUUGAACACUUACUGAGGGCCAUUUACCGUCCACACAACUACUAUUGCAUUCACGUUGAUAAAAGUUCUGAUCCUUUGAUAUUGAGUGACGUGAAAGCGAUAGCAGAGUGUUUACCUAAUGUUUACAUUGCAUCUCACAUUAUCGACGUUGAAUGGGGAAAAUUUUCUGAAACUGAAGCAGAGUUAAUCUGCAUGAAGGAUUUAUUAAAAUAUAAAAAAUGGAAGUAUUUCAUAAACUUAACGGGACAGGAAUAUCCGUUGAAAACCAAUCUACAGAUUGUACGUAUUGCUAAAGCGUUUAAAGGAGCUAACGACAUUGCUGGAGUACGUGGAAAUUUUGAUUUUCGUACAAAAUAUCGUUAUGUUAACUUUCGACGAAUGGGCUUGAAACCCCCUCCACCACAUAACAUUACAGUUUCAAAAGGAAGCAUACACAUUACAGCAUCACGUGGUUAUGUAGAAUUUCUUAUCAUGGAUCGUCGAUCACAGGAAUUUAUUAAUUGGGUUCGUGAUACAAGAAACCCAGAUGAAACAUUAUUUUCAACAAUGAAUCACAACCCACAUCUGAGAGUACCUGGAUCUUUCAACGGUAUGUCUUCAAUGAAUUAUUUCAUUUAUUAACACGUUAACAACCGUUUAUUGCUGUAGUGAUAGUUUGUAAAGAAGAUAACUAGAGAACGGCAUUAUUAAUGGCAAGUUAAGGAGGGAGAUUGCGACCUCAAUGUUGGAUUAAAAUUAAUCUUAAGGUGUAGAGGCUUUAUUGGGUAAACCUGUUCGAUUUUUUUAAAUUUUACAUGAUCUGAGUUUAAACCGAUUCAACGAGGUAGCCUAGAAAUAAUAGUCAAAUGUUCUCCAAAUCACACAAUAUUGUCUUAUAAAUAAAGACACAUUUAAGUAAUAUAGAAUGAGAAGAAAGACAAGAUGGAGGCAUUUCGAAUGAUUUAUUUUCAUGGGUCUUCUCAUUCAGAGCGGAUCUGUACAAAACAAUAACGACAACUAGUAAUGGAUGAUAUCGACAUACAGGUGAAUACACGACUUAGCUUAUGAUAUAUGUAAUUAUUGGAGCAAAUAAUUAAAGCAACUAACAGGAAAACCAACAACUCAAUCAUAUUAAUCAGGUUAUCUAAAUAGUGGUGUAUUUUCUGUCAAAACACAAAGAUCUAUAUUUUAGGGAUGAUGGGUAAAUAGCAAGCGUGACGUUUGCACCUUUUCAGAAUGUAUAUAAUUAAAGUGAAACAGUUUCAUGCUAAUUUCAGACGGCAGCUCGUACAUCGAAUAUACUAAUUUCUAUAAAACCUGAUUUGGGCCAUCUAACAUCUCUGGUCAACAGCAAAAAUAUUCCAGAGGUUGAAUAUUCCAGCCGAUCUUUACUGAUUU